AUGUAUGGUUCGCUGGGCAUUGUUGGUUUUGUGUCAGGAUGCGCUUUUUACUUUUGCUUUUAUCCUGGGCACGAUAGGAAAGUGAUGGGUCAAGGGGUCAUUAUCGAUGGCACAGAACCUGGAGUUAAUCGAGUUGAAACACCUUUGCAAGAUGGGCCGUAG